UUGAAUCGCGCUGCUGCACAGACCAUGCCAGUGCAAAAGUCGGAGCCUUGGACCCAGUGGAAUUUUAGCGAGGCGGCAAGGAACGACACUGGCUUCUGAAGCGUUGUGCAUGUUCAAGACGUUCAUAGCUGGAUGCUCCUGCGCCCACAGCCUUUCGUGUUCUGCCAGCGUUCGCUACAUCAGACGAGACAAACUCGCAGCGCCAACUCUUCUCGUUGGCUCAUACGUGACAUGGUCCGAUUUGAGGAGAAUCUUCAUUCAAGAUUGUGUUCAAUUGAUUUCACUCCACGCAAGCAUGACGCACAACACUUCGUUCCCAUACCUACACGACCACCAGAUUGAUACACAUGUUCCACAAUUUCUCGCUCGCCCCACGCACCGACUCGAGUGGCCAUGUCGCCACAUUUUCCAACAAAUCAUGCGCGUCCUAGUGAUACGUCUUGCUUGUUCAGUGAAGAUGCGUGUGUUGCGCGACGGCCUCCGGUAGGCUGGCGAGCAGCAGGCGGAUGCAGUCAUGGAGACUACCAAGGCAGUCAGAGCUAAAAUGGUACCCACAUUAGGGCCCGCCUUCAUUCCCACUUGUCCAGUUGGCGCGGGUGCUCGACCAUGCAUUUGAAAUUUGAGAGCGGAUAUCGAGUCCCUGUCACUCACCCCUCGAGUCACAGAAGGCGACCAUUGAAGAUGAGGCCGGGGUUUCGGUGUACAGGCCGGUAAGCUAUGCACCGCAUCGGUAGCAGCG